CGCUAGGGUUUCCAUUCGCCCUCGCUGAAGAUUUUGGGAAGAAGAAGCAGCUCAAGCAUUCGGCCGCUCCCCCUCCUCGCCUCCCUCCUCGCUCCGAUCUCCCAGAAUGGAUUCUCAGAUUAAGCAUGCUGUCGUGGUGAAAGUCAUGGGCCGAACUGGGUCGAGAGGGCAGGUGACUCAGGUCAGAGUCAAGUUCUUGGACGACAUGAACCGGUUCAUCAUGAGGAACGUGAAGGGACCGGUGAGGGAAGGAGAUGUCCUCACCCUUCUGGAGUCCGAGAGAGAAGCAAGGAGGCUCCGUUGAGUGAAUCAUUUUUAUGUUCUCCCCGAGUUUUUGGUACGACUAUAGUGGGGUUUCUGUGCUGGUGGAUUGAAUGUGAGAGUGUUUUAACUUUAUUUUCAGUUCACAUUUUGGUCACUUUGUGUCAAAGAUUUGAACUCGAGCAUGAAUGAAUCGUAGGAAGCAUCUCUACCUUUAA